AGUUUUAUUAUUUGGCGUGAUUUGAAUAUUUUUUUUUGUUAAUAGAGAUUUUUAUUUAUUUACACAACAAUGAAGACAAAAUGAAUUAUUCCUUUUAAUAAUUAUUUUUGCAAUUCAAAAUGCGUCGUUAUUUAAUCAAAUGAAAAAUAAGAAAUUGCAUAUUUUAGGGUUUAAUUUAUGUUAAUCCACUAUAGGAAAGCAAAGAGUGUGUAAAAUAAUGGAAGAAGCUAAAAGGGAUGAAGAAGAAUCAAAACAGCAACAGAUAUGGAGUUGGGGGGCAGGAACGGAGGGACAGCUAGGCACAGGGAAGCUUGAAGAUGAGUAUCUCCCUCAACUCCUUCACCUUCCCUUUCUCUCCUCUGCUGAAUCCAUUUCCACUCUUGCUUGCGGCGGUGCUCAUGUUAUUGCCUUGACCUCUGGUGGGAGAGUGUUCACAUGGGGCAGGGGCACAACUGGUCAGUUGGGCCAUGGAGAGAUGCUCAACAGCUUACACCCAAAGCCGGUCAGUUCCUUGCAGAGUUAUGUCAUUACUCAUGUCUCAGCUGGAUGGAGCCAUUCUGGGUUUGUCUCAGACAUAGGCUUGCUUUUUACUUGCGGGGAUGGCUCAUUUGGCCAGCUUGGGCAAGGGGAUUACAGGUCGCAGAGUACUCCUGUUAAAGUCGACUACUUCGCUAAUAAUUUUGUUAAUCAGAUUGCUUGUGGCAUGCGCCAUUCACUUGUCUUGCUUAAUGGAAAUCAAGUUUAUGGUUUUGGUUCUGGAAAGCGUGGUCAACUGGGUAUCUCCAGAGAUAAAACCAAAUCAAUUAAUCUUCCUCAAGUUACUUGUGGGUUAGAAGAUGUCCAAAUCGUUAGCAUCAGUGCAAAUGGAGAUCACAGUGCUGCAAUAUCUGCUGAUGGUCAUUUAUACACGUGGGGAAGGGGUUUUGCUGGCGCUUCGGAUGCUAACUUUCCUCAGCUUUCACUUUCAUCCUUGCGGUGCACCAAAGCUGCUCUUGGAUGGAAUCAUGGCUUACUGUUGACAGGUGACGAGGAAGUACUUAUGCUUGGUGGUAAUUACCAUGGGGUUCUUUGUGAUCUUGAGAAAAUGAGUGCAGUGAAGCAUCGUCCUGAAGAUUCACCCGGAACUGCUUUGAAUGAAGUAAUUGGUCUUGAUGGGGUUAAAGUUGUGAAGAUUGCGGCUGGAGCUGAGCACUCUGCUUUAGUGACAGUGGAUGGAGCAAUAAAGACAUGGGGUUGGGGUGAACACGGUCAACUUGGCCUGGGGAAUACAAAUGAUCAAACUAUCCCUCAAACAGUCAGUCUAAUCCCUGAUAUUCAGAAUAAAGAAGCCUCCUUGAAUGUUUACUGUGGUAGUGGUUUUACAUUUGCCAUAAGGUCACUCUCUGUCAAUCCUGACAAUAUUUCAAGAAAUUGAAAAUGUUCCUAGGUAGCAAGUGGCAUUAUCCACACCACUACAUGAAAGGAUCUUGAGAGUUUAAGUGUCAGAUUUCUGUCAUUAAUGCUCUGAAAUAUUGAUUGGAAGUUCAGUUAAGAUUCUGUUGCUCAAGACGCUCGAGCGAACAAAUCUACAAAAGUAUUAAUCCAGAAAACCGUACAAUGAGGUCAAUGCAUAAGUGUCCUAGCAAUGCUCAGCAGUUGUUUCCCAUGUAAAGCUGUUUUUCUUAUUUCCACAACUGCGGAGAAAUGUCUGGUUUGGUUUCUUGAACGCCUCCUAUCAUCGUUUCAUCAAAAAUGAUAUUGGGUCAGAUGUUAGUUAACAGCCAGUCUUGGUAUCUAUUGAACAACACCAGAUGUGUUUAAACAAUCCCCUAGCAGGUGCAAGACUUCUUCCCUAACACUUUUGCUGUUUGGAUUUUCUUGAUGUCUUGACUGAUGAUUAUGAUAAGUUUUAAGAUGUCAUGGUGAUGUAGAUGGAAAGUUUCAGUUUUAGUAUCAAUGAUAUGGGUUUUUAUCAA